AUCACUCGGGGCGAACUCGUCGGAGGUUCGAGUGCAUCACGCUCGCAUCGCUCUAAUAUUCCUCAUGAAAUACAGCGUGUCACUGCUCGGCGGAAUUUCGCUCUGUAUUUAUUUCGGCUAGCGAGUCUGUGGAAACGGUGUAGUAGGGGAAAUGGUUAAAAGGUGGGAAGGAAAGAGGAAUUCGUUACAGGUGGCAAGAAAAGAUGGUGCGGAUGUGACGUCAUGAACUGAUACUACUAACCCAGUGCCACUUCCAGGAAUGUCAGGACACAGAACGUAGGCGUGAAAUAAAGAAAUAAAUAAAUAAAAACGAAUUUUACAUUCAGCGCCAAGUGUAAUUAUUGCAGACGAUAAAUCGUAAUGAAAAGUUACAGAUUUUAUUUCUGCGUCUCGCACUUGUAAAGUCCAUGAAGGAUCUAAUCCGCGAUGACUCUAAGUUUUGUGUCUUCCUUUAUUGUUCGAUGGAAGAGACGGAAGGUGAAGGCCGUUGCCAUCAUCGUCUCAUUGCUGUUGAUAUUUGCUAUCACUCUGCCGCAGGAACAUCCGGUAGCUGACGUCGGCUAUGACGUCAUCGAGAGUGUGGACUACCACAGAACAUGGCGGAAGCAGUCAGGCCAGAUGUGUGUCCAUCCUCAGCUGGACCCGUUCCACCCUUCUCUCAAGAGUUUCGUCCGCGAUGUGCCAAAGAUCGAAUGUAGCAAGGACGAAAAUUGGGUUCAAGUGGUGAACGGGACUUUUCGCAUAUCUAAGAAAGUGAAGCGUCGAUACGGGCAGAUAGUGUGUGAAUACGCGCCCGUUGUGAGGGGUACGAGCGACUACUCGGCCCGCCAUCUUGAACACAUCAAGCCAAUGCCAGACGGUUCCCCGAUUAGGUCGGAUUUCUUCAAAGUGGCAUGUAUAUCGCCUAACAGACAAAAGUACUUCAACAUUCAUUCUGGAAUAGCCUACAACAAGACCAUUCACGAAAGGGCCAACAGGAAAUUGUUGUCCGACAGCGCGUUGGGUCUGGACGUGUUGAUGUUUGGGUUCGAUUCCCUGUCGCGGAUGGCCUGGAUCAGGACUUUGAAGAAGACCAGAGACUAUUUUCUAAGGGAGCUGAAAGGAAUAGAACUUGAAGGCUACAACAUCGUCGGAGACGGUACCCCACAAGCUCUUUUGCCAAUUCUAACUGGCAAAACGGAGGAGGAAUUACCGGAGGCCAGACGUGGCUGGAAAGACGCUCAGUUUGUCGACGGGCAUCCGUGGAUUUGGAAGAACUUCAGCGACAAUGGGUAUGUGACGUUCUGGGCGGAGGACAUGGCCUUCAUUGGCACGUUUCAGUACAGGAUGCUGGGUUUCAAGGAACAACCGACCGACCACAACAUGAGGACCUUCUACCUGUCGGCCGAGAGGAUGUACGCCAGGAACAAACACCUGUGUUUGGGAAGCGUCCCGAGGCACCGGAACUUCUUCAACUGGUUCAGGGACGGCUGUAUGAUGUAUGGCGCCAAACGCAAGUUCAUGUUCGGAUUUCACUCGGAGACCAGUCACGACGACAACAACAUGGUGCAGGUGGUUGACGACGACGUUAAGGAAUUCCUCCAGUUCCUGGAAACUAGCGGAUACCUAAACCGAAGUGUUCUUAUACUGAUGAGCGACCAUGGUGCUCGGUUCUCCAACAUCAGGUCAACAGCUCAGGGCAAACAGGAGGAACGGAUGCCUUAUUUUGCCUUCAGGUUCCCGCCGUGGUUUGAAACAAAAUACCCCGAUAUUUUGAAAAACGUAAGGACAAACGCGCACCGGCUGACCACUCCGUUUGAUAUUCAUGCGACAUUCCUUGACAUUCUUAACUUCACUGGUUCGGGUUUGGGAGACCUCGGACAAAGGGGGAUAAGCGUUUUGAAAGAAAUUCCCAAGGAGAGAACUUGUCAACACGCCGGCAUAGAGCCGCACUGGUGCGCAUGUCUGGCGUGGAAGGAGGUCAACCAAUCAAACGCCGUGGUACAAAAAUCUGUGGCCGCCGCAUUGCUCACGAUCAACAGCUUCACGGAAGACCAUCGAGACAAAUGUGCCUUUCUGACUCUGUCGAGCAUCUCUAAAUCGGUGAAAUAUUCCACCAACUCCAACGUCCUCAAAUAUAAGAAGAGCGCUGACGUUGACGGGCGGGUGGCCGAUCUCUCGGGGUCGAUGAAAAUAGACGAGGACUUUUACCAGGUGACUUUCACGACCGCACCGGGUAACGGGCUGUACGAAGUGACGGUCAAGCAUUCUCUGAACUCCAGUGACAUCACUCUGAGCGAGAAGGAGAUAAGCCGGAUUAACCGGUACGGGGACGACCCCCAUUGCGUUCAAGAGGAUUACCCCCACCUGAGGCCUUACUGUUACUGUCCUGCAGCUUCCAGGAAGUAAAACAUUGCCGUCGACAUCGUCAUAAUGGUUGUGAGAAGGCGCACAUCUCUUGGACAGAACUAUAUCUGUCAUAAGGUGUGUCCGCGACAGGCGUGCUUCAACAGUUAUGUGAUAGAAGCCAAAAGCUAAAUAUUAAGCACACCCACUCACAGGUCAAAGGCGCUCUGGGAAAAUGGGAAAUGUGUAGUAUUUGUUAGUGGUGGCGACCAAUUCAAGGAUAAUUGAACAGGUAUAUGAUGGAUGCCAAAAGUUACCCAUAAUCACUUACCGACAGAAGGCAUUCUGGAAAACAAAAUGUGCAAUGAAAAAGGUGGCGACCAAAUUAAGCUUUGAGAUGUGGAAAAAAAGAAAAGAAUUGUGGCAAAAUGACUUGAAAAAAAAUCAUGUAUAAGGUUGUUUAUUAGAAAACUAUAUAGGUCACCCAAAUAUGAAACAUAGUCAGAUAGGUCACCCAUACGUGAAACAUAUUAAAAAUAGUGAGAGAAAAAAAAUGUUGUAUACGUAGACAAAUAUCAAAAACAUUAUGUGAGAAAAAAAAAACAUAUACGUAGACAACAUCUAUAUAAUUCACCAGUACGUGGAAUAUAUCAAAACACUAUGUGAAAAGCGCAUAUACGUAGACAACAUUCAGAUAGGUCACCAGUACGUGGAAUAUAUCAAAACACUGUGGAAAAAAAACCGCAUAUGUAAACAACAUCUAGAUAAUUCACCAGUACGUGGAAUAUAUCAAAAACAUUAUGUAAAAACAUCCAUAUGCGAAGACAACAUUGUCAAAAAACCUGUAUAUGUAGACAACAUCUAGAUAAUUCACCAGUACGUGGAAUAUAUAUCAAAAACACUGUGUGAAAAAAAGCCUAUAUACUUAAGUUACCGUCGACAAAUUCUAGAUAGGUCACCAGUAUAUAAUCGAAGUAUUCAGACAAUCAGAUAACUGGCCAUCGAAAUAGGGCACCCGUACGUGAAAAAUAACAGAACUGUUGUCAGACAAGGGGCAGAGUGUUUUCCAGAACAAGUUGACACAAUCGAUACGUGAAAAGCAGUGGAGUUUUUUGGGUGGGUUUAAUUUUAAUUUUUUUUUUUUUUUUUUUUUUUUUUAAAUCGUGUAUCUUGAAAAUUCAGGCAAUGUUUUGCUUUUCAACCUUAAAACAUGGCCAGAUUGCUCACAUGUAUAUGAAAAAUAGAAAUAUCAACAUAGUUCAUGUGUAAGAUAUAUGACGAACAAGUCAGGGUGUGUGUUUUAAAUCAAAUUGGUUUAUGUUGACUAUCGAAGACUACUGUAACUCGCCUGUGAUACUGUUCCUCUUCAUUUGAUGUUUAAGUGCUUCAUGACCUUUGUAGUCCCCUGCCGGUCCAAUCGGAGGGGAUUAUAAGUUUCAUCUUCGUCCUUCUGUCUGACUGUCUGUCUGUCCGUCUCUCUGUGUCUGUCGGUCCGUCGGUCCCACAUAUAGGUUUUCAGCCCUUUUUCUUUCUUUUUUUCUUUCUUUUUUUCUAUUUUUUUGCAAUGCCUAAACAUAUUGAGCUGAAAGUUUGUGCAUAGCUUUUAUUUAUCAGGUCUGUUACAGAGCUAAGUUUGCCUUUACCCAUUAUUGACAGAGUUUUGGCUCUUGAACUUAGGAGAUACGAAAACCAAAAACAAUUCCAGACCUUUUUUCGGAAUGCCUCAAGAUACUCAGCUGAAAUGUUUUGUAUAACUUUACCAUGUACUGUUACAGAUCAAGUUUAACUUUCAUUGUGAUGUACCCUUUUUUUUUACAGUUAAUGCCCUUGAACUUGGGAGAUACGAAAAUUUGUUGGGCUCGGUAGGGAACAUAUAUUGGUUAGCAGUACUCUCAGAAUGUUUUUAGGGUUUUUUUAAUUAACCCCAAAGUUAACUGAAUUCAAUUUAUACAAUUAUUCGUAAAACGACAACCUUUCCAUUUUUUCCAUUUUUAUUUCUCUGUUAAUUUUAUCAUAUACAUGUACUUUUGUGUGUGUGUGUUUUCUUCUCUUUUUUUCUUUUGAGCGAGCGAAUAUUUCAAAAACGUAAAUUUUAACUAUUGUUUGUAUGUACAUGUUUCCUAUUUAUCAAUGGAUUUAUGACGUAAAUAAACAUGCUUUAUGAUUAGUAAAGCACAAAUAUUUUAA